AUGACACACUACUCAAAUACAUCGCAAGGCAAAGCCUCUACCAAAGAGUCCGCACAGCUCAAUCAACAAUGCGUCAAUCUCCUAAACGAAGUAGACGCCUUCCAGGCCCUUCUCGAAAAAACACUUCGGAACCCACAAGUCGUCGAAGUCCGCCAGUUUCGCUCGAACGUCAACUCCGAGCUGAAAAUGCUUGUGAAGCUAGAGGAAAGAAUUAAGGCCCAAAUUCAGAAAUCUAAAGACAAUACUGCAGAGAAGGUUACUGUAGUUGCACCCGGAAACAAACAAGCAGGAACAGAAGCGGAGGACAUCGAUUCGGAAUCUGAAUUGGAGCAGGAGAUCGAUCUUGACUCUGAGCUUGAAAUGCGAAUGGUCCAUGCAUUGCGGUCGUCUAAUAUGCCGUUUUACCAGUCUGUUUGGGAUACUGCGAGGGAUUCUUGUGAAGGCUUACUUUCUAUGGGGAAACGUUUCUACUGGGAUGUAGAAUCGAUGGAGUCUCAGAAGGGGGGUUCUGUUGGCAAAGGAGGUGGUGAUAAGCCGGUCAAUAAGGAUAAACGCAAGAGUGCUUAUGUGGAUAUUGUGGCUGAUGAUGGAGAUGAGUGGGUUAAGGUGUCGACUAUUUCGGAGAGCAGGUUACUUUUUGAAAUGGCGAAGAAAGGAUGGGAGGCAGAGAGUGAUGAUGAGUCCUCUGAUGCAGGGAGUGACGGGCCUGCAAAAAGAACUGUAUUGCGAAAUUUUGAUGGAAAUGAUCCUGGUGAUGACGAUGACGACGAUGAGAUGGAGCUAAUCAAGCUCGCUCGGGAUUUGAGGAAAGCGUCCAAUGCUACGCGGGAGAGGUAUAAACACCCUCGGGUACGAAUUGUUUUACCAAAGAUCGGGGAAGGGAAUGUUCCUGAGAUUGAUGAUAUUCUGUCUGAGAUACGGAGUUAUGGAGUCCAAGUCGAAUGCAAAGAGACUCUAGCAGCGAGACAAGGCAAGAAAGAUCUGGCUCGACUGCUUCCUCAGCCAUUCAAGAAGUUCACUCCCACUCUCAAUGUCGAUUGUACCUUGCUGCUUGCUAUGGUGUCAGACCUGUCUCACAUCAAAAAUAUACCGGUGUUGCCAUCUUUCCAUAGAGCCAUCGUCCGGCAAAUAGAGGUUGAGAAAGACAUGCCCCUGCUUCCCAGCGAACUCUGGCCCGCUAUGGGAUCUCGCGAUUUACUCUGCAGCAGCGAGGCAGCCACACGUAUGCGAGAAAUCGUGGACCUCAUCGGAACUCCAGCAGAGAAGGCUCGCAUGGAAAUUUUGCUAGAGAACUUGCUGGGCAAGAAUGUGGACCGCAAAGCGCUUGUUGAACAGUUCCAGGCGUUGUCUGACUAUCACGUCCCUGAAGAUUGGGCCCUUCCCGUCAGAAUUGUGGAUGCCCAGCCAGAGAUCAAGACAUGCCUUGCAAAUAAAAAUCUCCCCUCGGUUGCCGACGACGUUGCCGAAGGCUUAUCUGAUAUCAACUACAGCGUGUUCAUGUAUGGGUGGGCCGCAGGCAUUACAACCAUUACUAGCAAUCGAACGAUCUAUAGGCAGAUCGAGACCACUAUUGAAAAGAGUCGCGGGGAAGAUGAAGAUCUUGAAGGCCCUGAUGUAUGGGUCUGCGAUACUGCCCGCAGUUUGGUUGGGAAAGAAAGGGGUCGGAACUAG